ACUCACUCUGUAGACCAGGCUGGCCUCGAACUCAGAAAUCCUCCUGCCUCUGCCUCCCAGAGUGAUGGGAUUACAGGCGUGCGCCACCACCACCCAGCCAUGAACGGCUUUUUAAAUUCUCUUUUUCUCUCUAUCAAGGUCUAUCAAUAGGACACCAGUCACGCUGCUCUGGACAAGAAGUACCUAUUCAGAGAGCAGAAAUCCUGGACCUGAGGCUAAGCACAGCCAGGGAAAGGAUGUCCCUCCAGAGUCUGAUUCAGAAAGACUAGCAAGAAGGAAGUCUCAGUGGAUCAAGGGACUUGCUUCCAAGCCUGGUGACCUGAAUCUGAUCCCCCAAGCUCACAUGAUGGAGGGAGAAAACUGAUUCCUAAAAGUUGUCCUUGUACCUGCAAAGGUGCAGUAGAGAUGGGCACAGCCAACGACAGCACCUUCAGCCAUUUCAUCCUUAUAGGCUUCUCUGACCGGCCCCAGCUGGAGAGGGUCCUCUUCGCCAUCAUCCUGCCCGCCUACCUCCUCACCCUGCUGGGCAACAGCACCAUCAUCCUGGUGUCCAGGCUGGACCCGCACCUGCACACUCCCAUGUACUUCUUCCUCACACACCUGUCCUUCCUGGACCUCAGCUUCACCAGUAGCUCCAUCCCACAGCUGCUCUAUAACCUCAGUGGGCCGGACAAGACCAUCAGCUAUGUGGGCUGUGCUCUGCAGCUGGUCCUGUUCCUGGGCUUGGGGGGUGUGGAGUGCCUGUUACUGGCUGUCAUGGCCUAUGACCGCUUUGUGGCGGUCUGCAAGCCCCUGCACUACAUGGUCAUCAUGAGCCCCAGGCUCUGUGUGGGCCUGGUCUCAGUGGCCUGGAGCUGUGGGGUGGCCAACUCCUUGGCUAUGUCUCCGGUGACCCUCAGCCUACCCCGCUGCGGGCACCGAAGAGUGGACCACUUCCUCUGCGAGAUGCCAGCUCUCAUCAGGAUGGCCUGUGUCAACACUGCUGCAGUGGAAGGCACUGUCUUUGUCCUGGCGAUAGGCAUCGUGCUGUCGCCCCUGGUGUUCAUCUUGGUCUCCUAUGGCUGCAUCGUGAGAGCCGUGCUGCAAAUCCGCUCUGCUGCGGGACGGCAGAAGGCAUUCAACACCUGUGGCUCGCACCUCACCGUGGUCUCACUUUUCUAUGGGAAUAUCAUCUACAUGUACAUGCAGCCGGGAAACAGCUCCUCUCAGGACCAGGGCAAGUUCCUCACCCUCUUCUACAACAUUGUCACCCCUCUCCUCAACCCUCUCAUCUACACGCUCAGGAACAAGGAGGUGAAGGGGGCUCUCAGAAGGCUGCUGCUGGGCAGCCGAGAGGCAGGGCAAGUAAGGGCUGGUUCCAGAAGCACCAGAGGGAAGCUGUCCUGGUGAGGAUGGCAACGAAUACUGAGAGAAUUUGCAAACCCUCAGGCAAGCAUUUUAUUGAGAAGGAAAGGGGGGCAGAGAAAAUACUCUGCAGUGAUUUGGGAAAAAUUCUGACUGUCUUGCAACAGAGAACACAGGCAUGGUACUGGAUUUGUGAAGGGCUUUGGGAUUUGGUAGUCAUGAGGAUGGUGUGUGUUUUAAAUUCCUUCCUUAUGGUUAAAGCAAACUUCCCCAUGAAAGAUGCAGAUCUGACGGUUUGUCCCUAGGCUGGUGUAGUGUCAUCCUGUACAUGGUGAGAUGUGCUCUCUUUCAAAGUAAGGUGAGGAGGGGAAACAGGUGGUUCCUGUGUACUUUUUACAUCAGCAGCAUUAGGGAAGAGUGGCUGUGGGUAGCUGGCCUCUCAGUUAAGGCGUAUGCAUCUACGCUCUCUUGUCCCCAUGUAUGUCCCUAUUUUGAUAUCUGGGGUAGGGCAUCGCUGGCCUGGAUGUUACUCCAUGUAAGGCCUUCCUUGGGUAGCAUCGGCAGCACUGGAUCUGAUCAACACUAGUGGAAAGCUCUUCACUUAGUUGCAUUCUCUGGGAUUUCUAUAAUCCUGUGUGAGGUCCCAAAUCAUCUGCUUUGUGAAUGAACUGAACACUACAUGUUUCCCAAACAUUCUACCCUGUGAUGAACCACGAAUCAACACAGAGUAUUCCCACUCAUCUCCUCUGUCAGCAUGAGUUGGUUUAGAAUCCAGGAGACCAAGGGACACCUCAGAGUGGGUCAGAGAGGGUGUUUGUAAAGCAUUAACUGAGGGGAAAGACCCACCCCGAACGUGACCCAGACGGUUAACAAGACUCAAAAAUAGUACUCCAUUGUGUAUAUAUACCACCACAUCUUUUGCACCCAGAUAUCCCUCAACAGAAGAGUGGAUGCAAAAAAUGUGGUAUAUAUACACAAUGGAGUAGUAUUCAGCCAUUAGAAACAAUGAAUUCAUGAAAUUCUUGGGCAAAUGGAUGGAGCUGGGGAACGUCAUACUAAGUGAGGUAAUCCAGACUCAAAAGGUGAAUCAUGGUAUGCACUCACUAAUAAGUGGAUAUUAACCUAGAAAACUGGAAUACCCAAAACAUAAUCCACACAUCAAAUGAGGUACAAGAAGAACGGAGGAGUGGCCCCUUGUUCUGGAAAGACUCAGUGAAGCAGUAUUGAACAAAAUCAGAACAGGGAAGUGGGAAGGGUUGGGUGGGAAAACAGGGGGAGGGAAGGGGACUGAUGGGACUUUCAGGGAGUAGGGGUUCAGAAAAGGGGAAAUCAUUUGAAAUGUAAAUAAAUAUAUCAAUAAAUUAAAAAAAAACAAGACUCAAAAAGAAGAAACUAGCAGUAAGCCACAUCUCCCUGCUGUUCCCAGGCUGCCAUGAGGUGAGGAGCAGCUCUGCUGGCUCCACCUUCCUGACAAGAUGGACAGAACCAUUGGAGCCCCUGAGCCUGAGGCUGUUACUUCUUCACCAAAGCUAAGUGACUUAGUCUCAUCAAUGAAGCAGUAACUAAUGUAACAGCAAAGGUAACUAAUGUAACAGCAGAGGUAAUUUCCCACCAGCUUGUAACCUGGAGCCAAGUAGGACACAAAGUUUCUUAGAAAUGUAUCUCAUUGACCUCUUUUUAAAUUUCUUUCUGAUUACUUUUAUUUAGUGUGUGUGUGUGUGUGUGUGUGUGUGUGUGUGUGUGUGUGUAAGUGUGUAGACUGGUAUGUUUCACAGUGCAUGUACGGACAGCAGAGGACAACUGAAAGGGUUGGUUAGCUCAGAAACUUUGGAAAGGUCAUGGAACACUUGCCCCUCCCAGAAGGGAGAAGCUAAAUCAAUCACAUUGUAUCUAAUGGCGGCUGCCCGGAGAACUGUGUAAAGGCCCACACAGCCUGCUGAGCAUGGUCGUUCUCUCCCCAUGUGACCCCAGCAUGCUGGAGUAAAUAA